AUGCCAUCAGUUCCCACGGUGACAAGAACUCGACGCAAAAGUAGCAGGAAGACAAAGAAGCAAGAGCAACCACCCAUCGAGGAGAUUAGCACAAAGCCAGCAGGAGCACCCGAGGAAGAAGAUUUCUCCAUCAUUACAACCACAGACAUUUCUACCGGUACCAUGAACGAUUCUGUUGUCCCAACCCAGAACAUCCCGGUGGAUAUGCGUCAUCUUUGGAAGACAGCAGCUCCAUUUACCAUCUACACAGCCGAGAACAUGAAAGGAGGCAAUGAAAAGUUCAAGGGCUUCAUUAUUGAAAUGAAAGUAGAUCCCCAUGAUGUCUUUGGAGCUGACGACGAAGAGGAAGGAUUCCCAUACCAGGCCCGUGUUCUUACAAACGACACAAUUGUGAUUGACGCUCCUCUCAAGGGACAUCAAGCUAUGGGAGGUUAUGAUGAGGCCAUUGGCAAGAUGUUGAACGAAAAAAACGAGGACGAUAAAGUCUUGUUGGAAGCAUUUCAGAAUGGCCGAGUUGAAUUCGAAAGGGCUGUUGCCGCUCAUGGGAAAGUCAACAAGAUGGUCUAUCGGCUCAAGUUUUCUGGCAGGGAUGUGGAGCUCAGCGCUGAAGCUCUUGACAUCCAUCCAAAGAACGACACCCAUGUCUUGCAGAUGGAAGCAUUGCCUUUAUCGGUUCCGGUUGUACAUCUCAAUUCAACGCCGAAAAAGACUACGAUGGUUGUUGAAGAAGAAACUGAAAUGGAAGAGGAAGUGUACGUCAUCGACCAUUUUUGGGCGGGGAACCUCAUUUGGAGGGUUGCCGACAAGUCUCAAAGCACCCGCAAGGCUAAGGGUGGCAAGAAGGGAAAGUCGAAAACGGAUGCUGCUGCUGCUAUGUUCGGACGUAGCCCCACCACGGCUCAACAUCAUACCACUUCUAGUAGUCGAACUAACAAGGAGAAAAGUGAUCGUACAAGUCAUUCUGCAUUGGUACCAACCUCCAAUACUGCUGUGAGUGGAAACGGAAACAGAAAAAAGCAAUCGUCUCUGCUGGCUGCGGUGGCAAAGGGGGAUGGAAAGAAGAACAAAGUAAAGGACGACGAGGGAGAAAAGAUGAUCAAUCGCCUCGUUGCCGAGGGCACUGAACUGUCGGCAGCUGCAAGUAUGGAAUUAGACGAUGUCCUGGGAAAACGCAACCGUGGUGUAGACGAAGACGAUGGCAACGAUCGCACUGAUGAUAAGGCGGUCUACGAGGCCGAUUACUAG